CUGUGUGAUGAAGAAUAAAAAACUGUUCUAGACCCACAAGUCAGUAAGAUCAAGAGAAGAGGAGGAGUUGUGAAAUCGAAUGGAAAGGUAUAAAAUAAGGUGAAACAGAAGCAAAACUUAUGAGGACAGAAAGACAACAAGCUGAUGAGCUGCAAUGUUUAAAUCAGGAUCAAUUAGCCUUCUGUUGAUGAUGCUCCUUUUUGGGAGUGGAAACUUCUUAACAAUGAAGAAAGAGCUUUGUCAUUUAGGGUUUGCUGCUGGCCGUACAAAUGUCACUGAGUCGUGCGCUAUGCCUAAGUCGUGUAAAGUGUACGGCUUCACUGACUGGUAUAAAGCGGGCCGUUACUGUGUCAAAUACUUUAACAGCCCUCUCAACUUCACUGAUGCUGAGUUGAAGUGUAGGGCCACAGCCCCUGGUGCACACCUGGUGUCAGUGCACAGUAAAAAGCAUAAUGAUUACUUGCUCUGCAUGGUGCAAAAAUUCAACCCAAACAACCUGCGCUUCUGGCUUGGAGCCUUUGAAUUAUUUAAGUCUGGUGUAUUUCUUUGGACUGAUGGAUCCUUCUGGGAUUUUCAAAUUUGGACAAGUGGUGAGCCCAACCACAUGUACACUAGCACAGAGGACUGUGUGGAGAUGAACUGGAAAGAGACUGGCAAAUGGAAUGACGACUCUUGUCAUGUCAAGAAAAACUACAUAUGUGCCUUCAAGUGGGAUACCGUCUUGAAACCAGGCUCUGAGAAGAUGGAGUAGUUUUAGCUGGGUAUAUAAUGCUUUCUGAAUAAAAUGAUUUUCUUUGCAACAGCAACAAAAAAA